AUGUUUGCCAGACUGAGAAAACUUUUUGGGAGAGAGAGGGUAAAUGCGAGAGAGGAUAGAGAGAGGAAGAAGGAAACUUCCCUUUCUUCUGAGAGUAAUGAAGGACAAAGGAGCUGGUCUUGGGGAAGGCACAGGUCUGGCAGGCAGACAUCAUCCUCUGAAACUGUCCUAAGCAAGAAGCAGGCCAAGAAGGAAGAGGAGAAGCUGACCACAGAGCUGCAGCUCAUUACCCAGGAGAGAAAUGAGGUGAAUGAUCGCCUGAUCUCCAUCACAGAGGAAGCCAUGAACAAGAGGUAUGCAUUGCUCCAAACACAGCCAUUCCAGAGGCUGAAUCCAAUGUAUGAACAAUUGAAGUUAAAGGAAAAGGAGGUCAAGUCAUUUCUUCACAACUUAGAGAUGGAGAAGAUUGAGGCCCGAGAGAACAUCCAGGAUCUCAAGAAGGAGAUUAACUUCUAUAGCAACCUGCAUAGUCGGCUCCUCAUAGAGAAGAUGCUUGUGAAGAAGAGAAGGGUCAUGCUGAUGCGGGAGAGCAAGGAAGUACUUCUUGACUGGUCUCUCAUAGAGAAAUACUUGGUUGGCUUGAACAUGAAUGGUAAAGACAAACAGGAGAAGACCAGCAACCUCCAAACCCAACAUCAGGUCCCAGAAACUGUAGCAAGAGCUGAAAUUUCCACAGGCCAGGAAGAGGGCCUCAUGCAGAAUGAUUUCCCACCUCAGGAGACCCCUGCAGAGCACCAUCCUCAACAACCACAUAAUUUCUUGGAUGAAUCUUCCUCUACAUAA